AUGCCAACAACUUUAGACACUGGUUUUCCAGGUCAUCUCCUGGAAGAUGAGAACGACGUAACCCAAACAGAGGAAGAGACACACAUCUGCAAGAACUGCUGUGCCCAAUUCACAAACUUAGCAGAGCUUAUUUGCCACAAGAGUUCUUGUGUGGACAGUCAAGUGGUAAUAAUCUGUGAUGGCCAAGGAGGUCACUCCUCCACUGACUCAACUCCGGACAGCAGUCCUGCAAUGGAUGCUGAUGAAGGAAGUGCAUGUACCGUGGACCUGGAAGAAAACUCCAACACCAGCCUGCUUGAACCAGACUCCUCAGAUAAAGCAGAAUGCUUGGACAAGAAACCAAACAUCUCCCAUAAGGCCAGCAGUAUGGGAGACAUUGUAUCUCCUAAAAUGGGUGUCUCAGCAACUAGCUGGGGGCCAUCUCAGAAUGGGGACCCCAGAAUGAUGGGGCAAUGCAAUUUCCAUGAUGGGCUGCAGAGCCCAAAAAUUGCAGUCGCACCACCAUCCCAAGAAGCAAAGCCUGCAGGAAGCGGCCAUGGCUUUCUUAGCAUCCCCAUGAUCCUUGAAGAGCUCCGGGUGCUACAGCAACGGCAGAUCCACCAGAUGCAGAUGACGGAGCAGAUAUGCAGGCAAGUGCUUAUGUUAGGCUCACCAGCCCAGCCAUCAGGGCAAUCAAGUGUACCCAGCAGCAGUAAUACAGGGCUCACAGCAAGGCCUUUCUCCACCCUAAGCCCUGUUUUGUCCAGUCAGCUAACCCAAACAACAACAGCCACCAAGACUUAUGUCACUGCUGAGGGCCCCAAGCAAGCCAUCUUCAGUAUGUAUAAUACUACAAGCCCCCCAUUUGUACAUGGAAAUCUGACAGCAAAUACCCAAGUUCCAAUUCCAGAAAACUCUUCCCCAGUAUGUGGCAAAGUAGCAGCCCCUGCCUUCCCUAUGCCUGCUUCAGCAAUUAAUUUGAAAACUCUUUCCCAGCUUGUACCACAGCAGCCAGUCACUGGCUCUCCUCCGUUCCUGAACACUCAAGGUAAUCUGAUGCUCAAUUCUCGAAUUCUGGAAACUAUGCCUGGUCUUCUGAGACCAAAAAACAAUGAGUCAUCUUUUGUGGAGGCUCUUCAACUGUCAGGAGUGUCAGUGUCAGACAAACCUACAGUGAGACACAAAUGUCGAUUCUGUGCCAAGGUUUUUGGAAGUGACAGUGCUUUGCAGAUUCACCUACGUUCCCACACUGGUGAAAGACCAUACAAGUGCAAUAUUUGUGGAAACCGGUUCACAACCAGGGGAAACUUGAAAGUUCAUUUCCAUCGUCACAAGGAGAAAUAUCCUCAUAUACAGAUGAACCCACAUCCAGUGCCAGAGCAUCUUGAUAAUGUCCCCACCAGCAGUGGUAUCCCAUAUGGUAUGUCGGUGCCACCAGAGAAAGCAGAAGAAAAUCUUAUGGACAAAAAACCUGCACUACCCCCUUUAGCAGCCACACUGGGCCUUGGUCUUCUGUCUACUGCACAGGGUCUUCCAAUUUUCAGUAAGCCUCCACCUGUUAAAAAUCCAGCUGAUGCAAGUUUGAUCUUGCCACUUCAAAAAACAUUCAAUGGAAACAUUCACAGCAAAUUAGAUGGGGCAGUGUUUAACAGUAAGGCAGAUGAAAACACACCUCCAGGCCACAGAAAUGCUCUGAUUGGAAUGCCAUCAGAGGCCAAUGGCACCCAGUUAAAUAAGCUUAUGACUUCCUUGCCAGGCCUGACAGUGCUUGCAAACCAGUUCAAAGCUACACUGAUUCCAUUUACGUACUUCACUGAUCCUGCAUCCUCAGAGACCUCAAAGCUUCAACAGUUAGUGGAGAAAAUUGACAAACCUGUGACCAAUACCAACCAGUGUGUCAUCUGUUUACGUGUCCUCAGCUGUCCCAGAGCACUCAGGCUCCACUACAGCACCCACACAGGAGAAAGGCCCUUCAAGUGUAAAAUUUGUGGCAGAGCAUUCUCAACCAAAGGCAAUCUGAAGGCUCACUACUUUGCACACAAGUCCAAACCAUCAAUGAAAAGCCAGAACUCCUGUCCCAUCUGUCAGAAGAAGUUUUCCAAUGCAGUACUCCUACAACAACACAUUCGCAUGCACUUGGGAGGGCAGAUUCCAAACGUAAUGUUAUUGGAUAACACUCCUCCUGAGCAGCCAAUAGAAGCUGACUCCUUUUCAGUAGAGGACAGAAGUAUGGAGGAGCAAGAAUUUUCUGAUGAUGCCAUGGAUGAGAACACAGCAGAUGAGGAUUCAUUGGAAGGCAGCAUAGUGGAAAGUGAGAAAGCUGAACACCAACAGUCUGAGUCCUCCAACCAAGAUGAAGAGGAAGAGGAGGAAGACAGUACUACCAUCUCUGCAAUGCCAGGUCCAGAGGAGGAAAGGCCAGCAGAAAAGGAUCUUCAACAAAAUGAUGCCUCUCAAAGCUGCAAUGGGCAGGGGCAAAGCUUAGGAGACCCUGUUUUCUUGAAGCAGACCACUGCACCCUUAUCUGGAAAUGUCUCCCCUGCUACCAGUCAGCUGGAUAGCACUAGAGAUGCAACCAUGGAGGAUAACCAUGGUGAUGCAACCAUGGAGGAUAACCAUGGUCCAAGCCAGAAGGAGAAAACAGAAGUCAAGCAGGAAGACAGCAGUCUGUUAACAAAACAGGAUCCUCUGAGAGAAAAGACAUCGACCAAAGACGAAUUCCACCCAGAAGGGAGUCAGACUGUCACACCACAAAAAGCUGUAGACCCAAUAAGUAUCUCACAUUCUGAUAUGUGCAGUAUCUCAUUCCCCUGCCAAAGUUCUCUUGAUACACAUUACAAAGAACUUGCCAAAGAUGGACUCUCUUUCUGCAGCAGUUGUGGCCAAGGAUUUCUGGAAAACUCUUCUCUCCAGGCACAUAUGCUAAUACAUGAAAAAGACAAGAUUUCACCUAAGCCACUGGAAAUCCCAAAUGUCUUCAGCACAAUCCAGGACUCCACAGCCCCUAAUCAGUGUUCUCCAAAUACUGGACAUAAAACAGACAAGAGUGAAUUUGAUGCUUCUCUGGGGGUUACAAGUUUAUGCACUGAGCCGGUGUCCCCUGUACCCCAUGCAGGGAGUGGAGUGUGCCCAGCACUAACUCCACCUUCUAGACGCACUCCUAAACAACACAUCUGCCAUGCAUGUAAGAAGAGCUUCUCAUCAUCAAGUGCGCUACAGAUUCAUGAGAGGAUACACACAGGGGAAAAGCCAUUUGGCUGCAGCAUUUGUGGCAGAGCAUUCACUACUAGAGGGAAUUUAAAGGUACAUAUGAGCACUCAUGUGUGGAAUAACAGCCCUACCAAAAGGGGGCGCCGCCUAUCGUUGGAUGGCACAGCCUCUUCCCAGACUGGGGACCAAAUCAAGUUUCAAGACUUCCUGCCGAAGGAUGUUCCAGCCCAGCUUGCAGCAGUUAGUCCUUUGUCCUUCUGGAACCAGUAUGCGGCCUUCCUUUCAAACCGACUAGUACCCAAGCCAGUGUCUCCUGCUAUACUUCUUCCUCAUGCAUUUCUUGGGGCAGGGAAUGUAGGGAGUACUGCCAUUGGUGGAAUGAACAAUGUUAAAGAAAAACUAAUCCCAGAGCCAAUUGGGACUGUAGACAAUAUGAUGCAGGAGGACAAAUAACUUUUUUAAAAAGCUGUGUAACUGUUUGGAUCAGUGGAAGUCAUGAGACUGGGUGGGAAGUCUCAAAACAACUAUGGCAGCAAGCUGUUCUGAUCAACAGUGGCAGCUUGGGUCCAAGCACCAGCUAACAGAAGGAUCUAUACAGUCAUCUGAGUGUUACUUCACUGGUGAACAAAAUUACAUGUUCCUUAUUUUGUGAAUGCAAAAAAGAUCAUAUGACUCCACACAUGAAUAGAACAGAAAGUUGACCAUAAAAGAGCUCCAUCCAUCUCUUUGGUACUGGGGAAGAGUUGGUCUGACGGGUAGUCAGAUGAGCAGUGGCGACUCUUAGAAAUGUCUUCACUAUUAGUAAUGAGUACUAACAAGUCUGUAAUCACAAAAUAGGGACAGGGUCUUUUACAAAUGGCCACCAAGGUAAACCAAGGAGGAUGCCCUCUCAGAUAAUCCACAUUGGUCAUAAUUACUUAAUACAUCUGAAGCUAAGAUCAUACCGCUAUAUAAAAAGGAUACAAAUGUACAUUAAAGACGUUUCUUAUCAAAGACUCUUUUGCUGAUAUUUACACCUUCACAUGGGCCAAACCACUGUAGAUUUGCAAGUAUGCUCAUAAGGUAAAUGUUGUGAAAGGUCUGCCAGUAGCACUCCAUGGUGCAUCUCAUCUGGUGAUCAACAGAGUUUCUCAAGAGAUAGGUCUGUCAGCAAAAGAUACUGACUACCUUGGAGGGAAGGGAACCAGUAUGAGGUGCAAUGAUUCCCUAGUGAACCCAGAGAAGCACUACGGUCACCUUCCUCAGCAGUGGUAUAAUUGGAAGAAUGCAGCUGUUGGACACUAUAGACAAACACAGUUGGACUCUUUUCUCCAUUUAGUAAUGUAACUUAUGCUUGAAAGUGAAUUAUCAGAAAAAUGUUAGCAAACUACUGAAAAUGCCAGUCAUAUAUAUGCAUUUAGUGGAGACCUGCAGACAAUCAUGGAAAUGGAGUGAAGGCUAAAAAAGAUGUCUCAGCUUUCUGCAGCCAUAUUUUGAGUCAACAUUUUCUUGUGUCAAGAAAUGUGAGACGCCAGACUUACAUUGAGGUUUGCCCUGAGAUACUAAAGGGUCUCAUAUUUAGAUAGAGCAUUGAUUUUUUUUGUAUGGCAGCAAAAUAGUGUUUUCUAAAAGGGGCAACUACAUAUUCCACAUAUUCCACAUAUUCCACAUAUUCCACCAUGCAUUUUCAUUGUUUCCUUCAUGGUACCACCAUCAAAUGACAAAAUACCAAUGAUUAGACGUAAAAGCACAAGGAUUGUUUACUUUUUAAAAGUACAUAUUUCUGAGUCUGUAUGUAGCACAAA